GUUAGCCGUCCCCAGUCAACAAAUUACUUUAUCGUCAACUCAACAUUAUUACUCCAACCAGCAGGAGGGAAGAGUGAUUGUUUUUCAUUUUGCUAACUACAGGAUUUAUCUUUGGAAAUAUCGUCAGGUUUUCCAUCUUGCGUGAGUGACGUAAAGAUGUGUAAAUAAGCAAGGUUAAUAUCGACAGGAUUGGGAUGAAUUUCAACCAAGAAUCGUACGAGAUGAUGGGAUCGCAAUCACAAUUCCGUUUUACCAAAGACCAGCUAAAGCGGCUGAUGCACACUAGAGACGUUGGCCGGGCGUUGCAGUUAUUCCAGGAGAAGUUUGGCGAUGAUAAGAUGCUAUGUAGCGGACUUAAUAGCAACAAGGAUGAUGGAAUUCACGAAACAGAUGCAGCUUUACAUAGAACACAGUUUGGAGAGAACAUUCGUAAAACAGAAAGAGCAAGAACAAGUAUUUUAAGUUUAAUUGUAACCACAUUAUUUGAGAACUGGGCAUUAGUCGCUGUUUUUGUUCUAUGUCUACUGUCUUUUGGGGUUUCAUUUCUUCAAGAAGAUGAAAGUAUAUCAAGAGAGUGGUGUCUUUCACUUUCUAGUCUGGUUCUUGUUCUUAUUAUUCUGUCAUUUGAUAUUGUGCAAGAUAUACUUUUGGAACGAACAGUAAUCCUAGUCAAUCGGCUUCUUAGGAAGGAGGCACUCGCUGCUAAAGUCUUUGUUACUCGCAAUGGAUUACGCAAAGAGAUUCCCGUUACAAAGCUUGUUGUUGGAGAUGUUGUCUCGUUGUACACUGGUGAUGUGGUUCCUGCUGAUGGUAUUAUAAUAACUGCAAAGAACUUAGAGGUUGAUGAAACUGCCCCUUUAAAAUCAGGAGUCAAAAUGAAGAAGAAAGAGAACGAUCCAUUCUUGUAUGCAGGAUCUGUUGUAAGGAAGGGAAGUACAAAACUUGUUGUGACAGUCGUUGGAAAGAACACUGUUGGGGAUUAUGAAGAUGCUAAAUCAGUUGGAAUCCCACGAAUUGUGGUACGUAGUAUCUCCAGGAACUACGGUCGGCAGAAUACAGAAGAAGAUGAGGGGCGACGACGAUUCCGAAAGCGUAGAAGGAAAACGCAGCAAACAACCAUAGAAGAAGAGGUUGGCACAAAUGAUAACUCUCCGGAUCAUGUGGAUUCUGACCGAAGUAACGGCGUCCUCGAUUCCCUCGACAGUAGAGGGGACGUCAUCAACAAUCAGGAUUCACUACUACCGCAAGAAGAUACUCGCAAUAAAGCGGUCCUUACCUCAAAACUCAAGAAAAUUACAAACAUAACCAAAUAUUUAGGUGUAUCUGUAGUGGUUUUUUGUCUCUUGCUGUUUAUAAUUCGCUUUACUAUCGAAAUUUUUGUCCGCUUGGAUCUUCACUGGACUUGGUCUUACUUAAAGGACUAUGUGGAAUUUGCAAUCAUAUCUUUAAUGUUGUAUAUAUUUAUCCGACCAAGAAACCAACUGUUAAUUGUAAAGAGAGCCAUAGCAUAUUCAUUAAAGGGUAUGUUGGAGGACAAUUUAUUGUUUCGCAAUCAGGAUGCGUGUGAGCUGAUGGGUAACAUCACAUGUAUCUGUAGCAACAAGACUGGUGUUCUAACCCAAAGUAAUAUGGAGGUGAAGAAAUGCUACAUUGCUGAGAGAAUGCACGAUUUUGAGAAGCGACGGAGCAUGUCGGAAACUCUCGGUCCAUUUGUCAACAGAUAUCUAGGAAGAAUUAAUACAAAAAUUAUAAAACUUUUGCAAGAAGGAAUUGCCAUCAAUAGUGAAUAUGCUACUCAAAUAUAUCAAAUUGGGAGCAAGCUACACCAAGUUGGGGAUCAGACUGACUGCGCUCUGCUACAUUUUAUCGGUGAGAUCUGUUACAGGACCAUACGCAAUAAAUGGCCGGAAGAAAAAGUUGACCAAACAUACACAUUUGAUUCAAAUAGUAAAUUUAUGGGAACAUUCAUCGAAACUGAAAAUGCAAAUGCAGAACCAAUCUGGCGGCUGCACGUUAAAGGGGCCGUGGAGAUUAUUUUCAACAGUUGCUCUUAUAUUUUAGAUGCUGACGGCCAAUCAAAAGAGUUGACAAACGAGAUGCGAGAACAGCUCAAAGCAGAAUUCAAAGAGAUGUCAUUACCAGGACUACGCAUGGUGUGCCUGGCAUUCAGAGAUUUCCCUCACAAACCAAACAUGAAAUAUUCUUCUAAAUAUGACAACGUAGCUCAUUUGACAUUUAUAUCUGUUAUAGCCAUGUCCAACCCCAUAAGGACUAAUUCUAAAUCUGCUGUUGAAUCUUGCCAAGCUGGAGGCAUUACUAUUCGCAUGCUGACAGGUGACGACAUGAAUGCUGCAUAUGAUGUUGCCGUGGAAACAAGUGUCUUCGACCCAAAAAAGGAUGACUUGGCGAUGGACAGCCGUGAUUUUAAUCAAAGUUUAUCACGUUCAAGAGGCCAGUAUAAUGUUAUGCAGAGACUGAAAGUGUUAUCUAGAGCGCACUUUGAUGAUAAGGAGUGCAUUGUGACGUGUGUCACUGGGUUUUUCCCCAGGGUACUACAGCAACACUGGAUGCCAAGGGGGCAGCAGACAUCAUUCUGCAAGACGACAGCUUCCAUAGCAUCAAGCAAGCUGUCAAGUGGGGGCGACAUAUUUGGGAUUCAGCUGCAAAAUACCUGCAAUAUCAGCUCUCAUUUGCCUUCUCGCUGGUGUUGGCAGUUUCCAUAUGUGCAGCAUGGAAUGCCGUUCAAGUCCAGCCAUCUGCUGUGGUUGUAUUUCAUCGUCAAUUGUGCCGUGAUUGUCAUUUUGAUGGUAGAGACACCAAGUAAAAUAGCAAUGCAACGUACAUCCCUUGGCUGGUAUAAACCACUUCUGUCUCGCAUCAAGCUACGCUAUAUAAUUGGACAUGGUGAUAAGGAGAUGUUGUUUGACGUUGAAAGUGGAAGGAUGUCAGGGGUGCGGUCUGCUCCAUCUGUACACAUGACGCUAUUAUUUAAUGUGACUGUUCUUAUAACGGUGUUCAAUGCUGUUAACACAAGAAAGGUUUAUGCUGAAAAAAAUGUCACAUCUGAGAUGCAAGGAAACCAAAUCAAAUGGAUUUUGUUUUUAAUUAUAUCAAUUGCUUUACAGGUUGUAUUUGUAGAAUUAUUCCAAGGCCCAUUCAACACCACUUCUCUUCAUAUAUCUGAGUGGUUGUGGUGUUUUGCAAUAGCUUUAUCAACCUUACUGUUUCACCAGAUACUCAUCUUGAUACCAAUUUCAACCAAGACAAAAAUAACAGAAUACAACGGAAAUGGCCGGCAAACGAGGGUUAGGUUUACUACAAAACCAGAAGGGCCUGAAGUCGAAGCUCACGUUUGA